AUGACCGAGUCCAUCGACUUACCUACUGAAAGUUUUGAAUUCAAUAAACCGUGGAGCUUCGGCUCUCACGCCCUUCUCUCUGACGAUGAUCGAUUCUAUGUAUACCGUCUGUUAGAAUGCCAAAAGUGUCGAAUUCGGCUGGUCUAUCACGGUGUUAUUGCUCGUGAAUUGUCGAAACGUCCGGAAAAUGAUUCUUGGCAACCCAUCCGAUCUAGGCAUCACUUUUUUCAACUCACACGUCUCAUAAGAGCGGUGCUUAUUGCAUGUAAACUCCAGAAAAAUCUUUAUCGCACUGGGGGAAGUAUCUGCACUAGUAUUCCCCCUCUCCUUGGAUUGCCUUUAUCCAGACCACCUCGUUUGAGGCGCUGGAUUUGUCAAUGCCAUGCUACAGAUCUUUUCCACUACAUUUUUUAUGCAGAUGAGGAUGAUGUUUACGAUCUUCAUCUAAAUCAGGUUAAUUCCACUAAGCCCGCCAAAUGGAUUCAUUACGUAUUCCCAAAAGGCUCAAGUUUACUCUAUGAAAAGAGCUUGAGUAAAUUUGAAAAGACAACUUCUGUUUCACAGUUCCGAAACUCGAUCACUUGUCCUAGUUUUUCCAUACCUUACGAAGAAUUCUUUCAACCAUCAAGUGGUUUUGGGCUUCUGAUGGGAACGGCAGUUGUUCGAAAAGCAGUCAAGCUCAAAUAUAUGACCCAAGAGGAAAUUGAUGACGCUAAUCGGCGUUUUAAUGAGGGUUACAAAGAUCUUGACUCCGUUAAGCACGUCGUGAAGGAGGGCAAGUGUGUCCGUUUUCCUAAGUCCUCUCCUGUCACUCGUGUUCAUAAUUUGAUCACCUAUGAAACUGCAUGCCGAUAUUUGCGUAGAGACCGUUGUUGGGAAUUGUGCUUUAUGACUCGCCUCAGGGAAGGUGAAGAUAAUACAGAUGAAGACGGUAAUGAUGAUGGAACCGAAAGUAAAUCUGGAGUCGAUGAAGAACAAAAUCUAUCCGUCAACCCAACAUCUUCGUCGGAUUUGGAAGAACCGAUUUCUAAUAAGACUCGUGGAGAAGAGGCGACGCAAGUCUCUAAAUCUGUUUAUUUUGUUGGAGACAAUGUAAAUGAAGUGGUUCUAGGGGAAAUCCAUCCUACUAACGCUUCUCCUGAUGAAGGAUGCGUUUCAGAGAGUACUCUUAUAGAAAUUGAGUUAGAAGCCCCUAAAUCUACUGAUAUGUGCGAAACUUCCUGCCAAAGCAUAUCGUCUGACAUCGUCGCUCUUCAGAACAACAGUGCAGUUGUUAACAGAAGAAAGGGUCGUCGUCGUCGUAGACGUAGUGAUAUUACUUGUGAAAAUGUCAACAAACCAAAGUCUUCUCAAAUUUCUGUUUCUUUUCCUCAUGGCGUUGUCCCUCCCACGUCUUCAUUCCAAGGUGGAUCUGCUGCCACUUACAUCCAACAAAUAUCGACCCUUUUAUUUGACAACUUGUAUUCUUCCCCUACAGAAACCCAACCUUCCGCUGUUAAACUUGUAGAUGAAAUUUGUAUUUCUGAGGUAUCUCAGAAAUCUUAA